AUGCCACCAAGCCGCGAGCGGUCGACUACAACCAUCGAGGGCGCGAAAAACAACCCUCGCACUGAGUCGACCAAUCGAUGUUAUACGACGCAAAUCCGAACCAUCGUUCAAUGGGUCAUGGCCCACGGCCGCAGCCAAGGUGUGUUGAACCGCAACACGUUGAACUUGGCGACGCCGCAUCGACACCAGAUCGGUGUGUUAACAACUCGCGCCGGGUGGUCCCUAGGAGACGUGCUGGAUUGUUACAUUCAUUACGCGCCUGCGGGGGACCAGUACGCCAGUCGCAUCGCUUCGAGAUUGCCAGAAUCUAGCACCGCGUUAGGCACGCAGCCUCCGCAUUUUGGUGCGCGGGACGAUCCCGUGAUGAGCCGAAUGGAGGACAUUUUCGAAGCCGAAACUGGUGCCAAGCCCCACGACCACGACCGUCCAUCCGAACGCUACGUGACCGAGUCGUUUGAUGCGUGCUUGGGCUACAACGGACUGGACGUAACAAGAAGCGCAAACGCGACGAGACCGACCUGA